CAGUUUUCCGUCGGGGACACAAUUCUAGGUAGAACAGUGCUCGGACCAUAAACGGAACGUGUUGGUGUGUUGUGUGUUCAAAAAGUCUACAUGCGACUGUAAAUAAUACAUUAUUUAAGCAGAGAUAAACGCAUAGGACUGAACUGCGGGGAUUUGGAAGAAGCCAUGAAGAAAAAAGUUCACCACAGAGAAAAAAUGCUGCCCGGUCAAGAGUUAUCUGCAUAUGCUGUCGGCCAGGUAUCUGGCAGUUUGUUCCAACAAAGCUCUGAACCGUCUGGGUCAUUGUCAGCAUUAUUUACUACUCCGUUACCAGCGUCAGAAUCUCUGUUUCAGCCUGUCCCCAAGAAGCGUAUUCAAAAGACCACAGAAAGAAAUGAGCAGCAGAAAGAUGACUUAGAAGUGAAGGUCAAACAGAUGAAGAACAAAUCCUUCAGGAAGACAUCAGAGGCUGAGCAGCAACUGCUGAAAAGGGAGAGCAGUUUAUUAACAGCAGACCCAGAUGAGGAUGUGCAAAAGAGUUCAAUUAGGAAAAAGAGGAAAGCAUCAGAGAUUACUGGUAAAAACAGUGCAGAGUAUUGGGUGUUGAAGCGACAGAAACUGAAGGUCAACAAACAAGAGGAAGCCUUAAAGAUGAAAAGGACUGUGUUUGUUGGCAACCUACCAAUCAGCUGCACAAUGAAGACCCUGCAAGGACUCUUCAAAGAUAAUGGACCAAUUGAAUCUGUUCGGUUUCGCUCUGUGGUUAGAGAGGAUCCCUCAAUGUCUCGUAAAGAAGCAACUAUUAAACGCAAAGUUCAUCCCCAGAAGCAAAGCAUAAAUGCUUAUGUGGUGUUUAAAAAUGAAGAGGGAGUUACCAAUGCUCUGGAGAGGAAUGGCAUGGAGAUUGAGAAAGGCUUUCACAUCCGAGUGGACAGAGUGACUGACAAGUCAUCACAUGAUCACAAGCGCUCUGUUUUUGUUGGGAACCUGGCAUUUGAUAUCAAGGAGUUGGCAUUUCGACAACAUUUUGAGGAGUGUGGAAAAGUCGAGGCAGUGCGACUAGUGCGAGACCCAAACUCUGGACUUGGGAAAGGAUUUGGAUAUGUCCUAUUUGAGAGUGCCGACUCGGUAGAGGUGGCGCUAGCACUGGAUGGCUCAAAGCUGGAAAGCAGGUCCAUCCGUGUGAAGAGAUCAUUGAAAAAGGAAAAGCUGACGAAUAAAACCAACAGCAAAGGAGACCUGAGGAAGUCCAGGCAGAAUGCUGUGAAAGGUUCAGGAGGAGCCCAGAAACCUGGUCAAGCAAAUUUCAGACCCAAACCAAGUAACCCCUCAUCUUUUAAAGGAGAGAUGGCAAAUCCAAACAAGAAAAAUAGAAAAGUUUUAAAGAAGAAAAAUAAGACAAGAAAGACACAUCGAGUUUCUAAGAAAUGAAGGACUAACGAUGAUAAAAUCUGUUUCCUUGACUGUUUGAAAAAGAUUUUCUUUUUCACAAAGUUUUCUAAUGCAAUUCUCCUUCCAGACAAAUAACCAAGAAAAGGAUAUUGUAUUCUGAAAAUGCACAUUUUCUCAAGAUUGGGUGUGGUUUUAGUUUGAACCUGGGGUGUGUUUGGCAAAAAAAGAAAAAAUUGCUAAAUUUUAUGCUUGCAAUAUAUUUAGCUGUAAUAGCUAUUGGUCAUAAAGGGAAAUUAAACGUUGUUAUAACUCGUAUUAAUACAAAUUUCCAGUAGUGGUCUUUACUGCAGCAAAUUUGAUUAAGCUUCUGCAUGAUAGUCUUCUGAAAAGGAAGGUCAGGGUUGUCCAGCAUGUUCUUGACUUGAUGUAAAAUCCUUCUUUGCAUCUUCAUCUCCACAGUCAUCCCCAGAACAGAACCAGCCAAUGCGCCUGGUGGUGGUCCACAGCUUUCUUACUUUGACUACACCGUGGCAUUACUUUCUCUUUCAGUCACAUUUCUACAGAUUUGUUACUACAUUUGUUGCCUGAUCCAAAUUGGAAAGGACCUUGAUUUAAAUGAACAGUGUUUAAACAUUUUUGCAGUUUUCUGGAAGUUUGAUCCAGAUUAGAUGAGCAUAGAAACUGAAUUCUAAAUUCUUCCUCAAUUUAAAUUUGGUACUCCCACCCUGAAUACAUCUAACAAGUAUAACAUUUUAUACACAGAUUGUAUGUGGAAAACACAAUGGAAUUAUAUUACAAGCCAAUAAAGGAAUAGAAAGAGAGUUUAUUUUUUUUGCAGAAUUAGAAAAAUGGGAAGAAAAAGGUGAUAAGAACUAACUUUAAAACCAAAUCUUUCACUUCUGACCACAAGAUGGCGUUGUUACAUCUGUUUUCCAGUGCUAUGUGUCCUGUACUGUAUUAGAAAUAACAUCUCAAGGCACCAGUAUAAUAAACUUAUAAAUUUACAAGAAA